AUGGUAAGAAGCCAGAUGAACUUCAAGAGGCUUUCUCUUACGAAUAUCAAGAUUGAUAUCAAAAGGAUCCCGAAGAAGAAGACUCUGAUAGCUGCUACGGGAGCUGCUGAUGUCAAGGGAAAAUGGGAAAAGAGCUCUUGGGGUAGGAAACUCAUUGUUCAAAAGGGAAGGGCCACCCUCAAUGACUUCGACCGGUUCAAGCUGAUGCUCGCAAAAAUCAAGAUUUCAUUUCCUCCUCACCGAUUUUUUGUCAAACUCGCCGGCAAAGACUUCUACAUCGGCGACUCCGACGGCAACAUCACCAGGUGA